GGGUUUUUCUCGCUGAAUUCUUGCUUGGACAAGUUUGCUCACUUCAAUAGUGUCAUUCGCGAGGCUAUUGACCGAUUCUUCCCACUCACACGCACCCGUACUCACCAGGGUGAUCGGCCCUGGGUCACACCUAAAAUCAGGGCGUGGAUCCGUAAAAGACAGAUUUUCCUUGCUCGGUAUAGGAAAGACUCUCAGUCGUUCAAACAAUGGCGCAACAAGGUCCAGCGCGCCAUUAAGUCCUGCAAGGAAGCUUAUUACAACUUUAAAGUAAAAAAUCUGAAGGAGACUCUCGUGGAAAAAUGGUGA